CAGCAACCGGAAACAAUAGCGGAGGAGAAAAUAAACAACUGACAGUUGACUUUUUAUAAAUACUACUGUUGUUGAGUCACGGGAUGUAAUUUUAGGAUGUUUUGUUUAUUUGACUGUAAAAAAUAAUUUACAGUGAAUAAUUAGAGUAAACUCAGGAGCAAGAACAGCUGAUGUGGUGACGUCAUCAAGUCAGCUGCUGUUCCAAUCGCAGGAAGACCGUCCUCCCGUUGUCCCGUCCUUGGACUCCCAAAGAACACAAGUCUGUACUCGUGUACUUUGAAUUGAGAAACGCCGUUUAUUUUUCCAGUAGCUGUAACGUAAUUGUGACGUCAGGUCCACUGUUGUCGGAGCGCUAUUUCGAGCAGCUGCCGUUGCGUUGGCAACAUGAACACGUUGGUGACCAAAUUAGAUUACAAAUGGAUCCGUUUGACCCUGCGGCGACCUUGGAAAACAGCUGCGACGGCUUCCAAGGCCCGGCUCGCCACGCUCCCUCCAGGACCGGUCGUGCCCUCUAAGAAGCCCUUCAAGGUGGAGCUGGUGGCUGGAAAGCGUUACUCGUGGUGCACCUGUGGACACAGCAGCAAACAGCCUUUCUGCGACGGCGCCCACCGGACCAAAGCCCCGGGCCGGUCCCCGCUGCGCUUCGUCCCCGAGGAAGACGCCACGCUUUGGUUGUGUGGGUGCAAGUAUUCAGCCGACCCGCCUUACUGCGACGGCACGCACAAGCAGGACUUCAUUGUUUCCGCCACGUUGCACGAACAAGCGGACCCUUAAAGGACGGAGCGUUACGCCGCCUCCAUCACAGCGGCGCCCGUGAACUGACGGAGCGCUCUGGCAACGACGGGGUUAAUGACGAGGUCGAGGCCACAGCCGACGAUUUCAAUUUUUUUUUUGCUUUGUCUUUUCUAUAGGAGGGACGGCGGGCACGUGCACAGACGUGCCGGGGGGGGCAGGUGCUCAAACCCCCAAAAAAGGGCACCAUCGCCAAAAUGACGGAUCUAUUGAUCACUGUCACCUGAAGUUAGCAAGGAGUUGGUUGUUACGCAACACCUGAACAUAUAAACACAUAAACUACCUAAACACAUUGUUAAAGAACUCUUUGCAUUUGAUUAUUGUUAAUUUCAGUGUAGAAAUAGUGUACAUAAGAAAUAUUCUCUAAUAUUAUAACAUAAAUCCAUUUAAUUUGAAACCUUCAAAAUAAAAGCACAGAAUGUUUUUCUUACAUUUCUUUAAGAAAAGGUGAUAAUGUGUCUUUCAAGCCGUCAGGGGCCACAUAAAACGAAAAUAUCUCUAAUAUUAUAACAUAAAUCCAUUUAAUUUGAAACCUUCAAAAUAAAAGCACAAUAUAUUUUUCUUACAUUUCUUUAAGAAAAGGUGAUCAAAUGUCUUUCAAGUUGUUAGGGGCCUCAUAAAAUGAUGUGGCGGGCCCGCGGGCCUUAUGUUUGACACCUGUACUCGAGAGAAUGGAUUUACAAGGGAAACUACUGUGAAGUGCGUUCACGUGUGACGUCAUCCUCUCAUGGUGAUGAAGUGUAACUACAAUCUGUCAAAAAGGCAUUUUAUCUUCCCGUUUAACUUUUGGGAGAUCAUUUCAUCUACUUUGGGUUUUAACCCGUCCGUGAUGAUGUUGUGAAAUAUGAAAACAAGACGAUAAAAUGACGACGGCCUGUAAUACCGAGACUUACCACACGGAGCCUCGGUGUGGAGAACGAGAGGGAAGCGUCGGUCCGCCAUGCAGCAGGCGGCCGUGCUCCUGAGCUCCUGACUGACGGUCCGUCGGGGCCUCUCGGCCGUCAGCUGGUCACGGCGUUGGCUGCUUACCUUUAGGCUUACUUGAGUUAGAAACUCUCCAGAGUGAACGAGGGAAUCAGAAAUACAAUAAAUAACUGUCAACAUCUCUAUUCUUUGCAUCAAUAUUAUUAUAAUAUUUUUUUCCAUUGAAUUGUAUAUUUGAACUGAAGUAGUUCAUCUGUAUAUCAGUUAUAGAGUCCGAAUUAGCAUAAAAUAUCAUGAUGACCCUGAAA